AUGACACAACCAAAUUAUUGCAGUUGUACUGUACAUCAAGCACGAAAUUUACCGGAUAAAGGCAAGAGUAAUGGAAUUGACGCCUUUUGUACGAUAUCAAUGGGCAAAGAGAAAUUUGUUACCGCUGUACGAGAAAAGACUCGUACACCUGAAUGGCAAGAACAAUGUGAAAUGCCAAUCGUCGAUGAUGCUACAAUUAAAUUGACUGUUUAUCAUAAUACAAAAAAUGCGCUGUCAAAAGGUGAUUUCGUCGGUCGGACUUAUGUUUCAUUACGGGAUUUACAAGAUUAUGAUCGAGUUCAUCGCCGCUGGUAUAAACUUACGAAUAAAGAUGGCAAAUCCGAUAAAGAACGAGGAGAAAUCGAUGUGUCAUUACAAUUUUUCUCGAAAAAUGAUACCACUGGAAGUGUUUUGGAUUUAGCAACGAAGAAAAAACAUCUUUCCUUGAAAGAUAUCAAACACUCAUUAGGUGGUAAAUUAAAAACAGCUUCGAAGCAUCGAAAGCAGGAUAAUUCCAGUGGUGAUAACCAGUUAGCCGAACAGCGCCGUCGCUUAGGUGGCGGCGAGGAUAGUACGUUUAACGUACGGGAUUUUCUCGAUGAUUCAGCGUCGGAGUCGACAUCAUUUGCAGGAUCGCAUAUGUCUUUGAAUAGCAUGUCGUACAAUAAUCAUGCCGAUUCACAACACAAAAAGUCCAUGUCUUUGAAUAGACGAGAGGAUGAUAUAAAUCGAGCACCAAGCAGUGGACUCGGCUCGAUCUUAGGUUCAGGAACGCCACAUUCAUCACGUCGUUCGAUUACAUCUGAUUAUGACACGUCAUCAAUACUUGAUUCAGCAUCGAUGUAUGGUGGAGAAGAACCGUCUACCCCAUCGCCACCAGUUCGUUCACAGAUUCAACAACAACGUGAAGUCUAUGUUGGCGACGAACUACCGCCACGAAGUAGUUCGACUCGGAAAAAAUCGAAAGAACCAUCACCUUCAACAACAUUACCAACUAUUGUUACACCAAAAACAACAGAUAACUCUCCGCCGCUACGAACCACAGAACAUAGCCGAAGUUUCUCAGUCACAGGCGAUGAUAUCGAAGCUGCCUUCGAUGCAAUUAAUGAUUAUAAAUCAUCGCUUAACGAUUCGAAAGACUACGAAAACUCAACAAACGAUUCUUUAUUCGGUUUAUCCACAAUACAAGAAGCGGCCGACACGGAUGAAGUUAAUCACGGCACUAGUUCGUCAAAAACACACUACGAUGAAGGCAUUGACGAUAUUGAUUUUGACAAGUGUUUCAAUAGAUAUAAACAACAACAAAAUCAAACGAAAAUCAUCGAAGAAAAACCGCCAAAAAGAUCCGCUCCGUCCACACCUGUGCAUCAAAAACCGUCCGAACCGAAAUCGACUCGACAUUCCAAUGAAUCGACACAUUCGCCAUCCAUUCACAUAGAUGAUAUUCGCACUCCAUUGGCAACUAUCACAACACCGAAACUUAACUCAACUCCGACACCUACCAUUAUUUCGUCUCCAAGGCUAAAAGAUACGAUUGAAAACAAUCUCGACGAUCCCAAUGAUUCUGGUGAUGAAGAUGUAGAUGAACUAUUGGGUAAACUAGAGCGCAUGUCCAGCAUACGUUCUUCGGUGAAACGAAAGAUUCAACCCAAAGACGAUAUAAUGCAACAAUCAUUUUCUGAGCAAUUGUCCUCUGACUUUCAACAUCGUCCGAUGAAUUUGAAGUAUUCAACACUUCAAACAAAUAGAAAAGUCCAAAGUCGAGUUUUAUCAUUUGAUGAUAUCGAUGAUAUAGCUACACCAAGUAUCGAAGUCAAUACUUCUCAUGUUCUUGAUCCACCAAGUAAUAAUAAUAAUAAUCCAUUUUCAAAUGGUUUCUCACCGAAUCAAUCGUCGCCAUAUAUGCAUCGAAAUGAUCGAAAUAGUAGUACGACAUUACCAGAUAUUGUUGGUGAGCAAUCAUCGAAAAAUUUACGACAAGGUCCCAAUCGAAGCUCAGUCUCGUCGACAAUUUCAAAUACGAAAAAAGCGAAUGAUAAUGGUCUAUGCGUGCUUGGAUAUGAUAAUGUCAAAAGUGCACCUAUUCAUACAAAAGUUCGUCAAGAACUGGACUAUCUCGAUCGUGAAGAACUUCUUCAUGUCAUCGCUUACCAAUCGGAUCUAUUGAAAAAACGUGAUACACGAUUGAAAGACUUAGAAAAUUACACCGACAGUCUGCUAGUUAAAAUUCUUGAACAAUGUCCAUCAAUACUUCAAAACGGACCUAUCAAAUACAACAGCAAAUAA